AUACAAAAUCAUGUGACUCGUAGCUCCAGCAUCCCGUGUCACAUGACUGAUGUCGUCACUGACGCUGGGAGCUGACAGGAAUCAGUGCUGUGGUUCAGUCGAGCUCAGCCAGGUCAUGUCAAUAAAGAUGGAGAUGGAUGUCAGUGGAGUGUCCAGGACACCCAUAUCUGUUCUACCUGCCGCUGAGGUCAAAACCACCCUGAAACCCGAGGCCGACAAACCCCGUUGCUCCAGCACUCCCUGCUCCCCCAUUAAAAACACUGUCUCAGGAUACCAAAUCCUUCACAUCAACUCAAACUAUCUAGUAGGUUUUACUACAGGCGAGGAGCUUCUUAAAUUAGCCCAUAAGUGGUCUAGUCCAGACACCAGUAAUACAGAGGCGUUGCCCAGCCCUGUGAAGAAGCCUGUGGAUUUAGGUCUCCACAGAACCUCUCGGAUAUACAAAGCCAAAAGCCGCUACUAUCAACCGUACGAUAUUCCAGCCAUCAAUGGACGCAGGAGACGACGUAUGCCUAGUUCGGGCGAGAGCUGCUUGAAAUCCUUGAUUGCCGGGGAGCCCAGCAAGGCCUUACAUGGUCCCCUUCCCGUCUGCCUUUUGAAGGGCAAGCGGAUGUGUUCAAAGUCCCUGGACUACCUCAACCUGGACAAGAUGAGUCUCAGGGAGCCAGCGGAUACAGAGGUGCUACAGUACCAGCUUCAGCAUCUCACUUUGAGGGGCGAGCGCAUGUUCACUCGCAACAAGACGUAAAUUUUUGGAUACCCCUAUUAAAACCCACAGCUGGAUUCAGCUGCAAUUUAGGGCCUUAAUUUUUUGUCCUGCAUUGAUUAUAGGCAGUUUCUGAAGAUCAAUCAUUUUGUUUGUUAAGCUGAGGAUUCAAUGAAGCACUAUUAUGCCUAGUGACAUUUAAACCAUGUAGUAUGAGUGAAAUAAUAAUUCACCAAAAUAUUUUUUUUUCACUCACCCUCAUGUCUCUAUAAAUCUUUAUGGUGUUUUAAAGGUUUUUUUAUUUUUAUACAGUGAGGUUAUUGUGACUGUGUCUAUUAAGUUAUUAAAAGAAAAGGCCCCAUACAUGUUUUACAAGGUCCUCUGAAGCCACACAGUAGCUUUCACUGGUAACCAAUGGUCCCCUUCCAUCAUCGUGCCAGGCUUUAUGCUAUUAUUGGUUCUUGUGUUGUAAUUUAACCUGGCACACAAGUACUAACAGAAGGCAUGGAGAUUGUAAAGCUGCUAUGGGACAGAAGACCUCAAGUAAAUAAUGUGCCGGUUUCCCAGACAGGGUUUAGAUUAAUGCAGGACUAGGCAUUAGUAAGGACUUUUACAAACACACCUUACAAAAAAAACAAUACUUGUGUGCAUUUUGAGACAAAACAAUGGCACUGAUAUAUGUUCAAAUAUGUCAGUGCAAGAAGUUUUAAAAUUAAGACGGCUCAAACAUGCUUUUAAGUCUGGGACUAUGUUAAGCCCUGUUCAGGAAACCACCCCAAUAACUUAAAAGGAUAGUUCACCCAUAAAUGAUAUUAAACCCAUGAUUUACUCACCCCGAAGCUGUCCGAGAUGCAUAUGUCCAUUUUUCAGACAAACACUUUUUAAAGAUAUUUUAGAAAAUGUUUUAGAUCUUUCAGUUAAUCAAAUGUAAAGUUACGGGUCCACGUCCUUCAAGUCCAAAAAAUGUGCAUCACUAAAUAAAUCUAAACGGCUCCACGAUGAUAAACAAAGGCCAUCAUCUGCGCCGUUUUGUUGUAGUAAUAUCCACAUUUAAAACUUUAUAAACGAAAAUAACUAGCUUCCGGUAAUGCUGCCAUCUUAGCAUCCGCUUUCAAGAUGAGAGCGAACGCAGCUUACGGAGGUUUCUCUGCUGCUGCUCUGUGCCCCCGCCCUCCACAUUUGUCAUACGUCACUAAGACAAGUGCGUACACUACGCUAAUACUCUCUCCUGAAUACAGAGGAGUCUAACAUGGCGGCACUACCGGAAGUAGGGAUGCUCCGAUCAAUGCCAAUCUCCACUAAUAAUACGUGGCCGAUCACUAUUCUGAAUCGGACAGCCGAUCUUAUUACAGCUAUUUCAUAUACUACGGCUUUUGAUCAGUAAGUCCUUAUCGAUCUGAAAUCACUAUUAGUUUGAGUCGUUUUAUAAAAUGCAUUUGAAAAAGCAACACUCGUUAAACAUAAUUAUUAAACAUAUUCUUUAUUAUCAUGAAAAUACCUGAAAAGGUUUGAAGAACAGCAAUAUAAAUAUGUCCUUCAGCCAUUUCGUGGAGCUGCGUGUCAUCACAGCUGCGCGUGUGUAUUGUUCUUCGUCUACAGCGCAUUUUGAGUUUCUGCACGAGAGCGCCCCCUGGCUUUUGGAUGUAGCGGCAUUUCACCGUAAUUCAUUGAGAAACAUAGCAAGCAUUAUCGGCCGAUCGAUCGGAGCAUCCCUAACCGGAAGCUAGUUAUUUUCGUUUAUAAAUAUUUAAAUGUGAAUAUUUCUACAACAAUACCGCACGGAUUGCCCUCAGAAGACCUUUAUUUAUCAUCCUGAGGCAGUUUGGAUUUCUUUGGGGAAGGAUAUAUGCACAUUUUUGGACUUGAAGGACGUGGAUCCCGUAACUUUACAGUUUAGCAGCUGAAAGAUCUAAGACAUUUUCUUAAAUAACUGAAAAUGUGUUUGUCUGAAAAAUGAUGGACAUAUGCAUCUCGGAGCGCUUCGGGGUGAGUAAAUCAUGCGUUUAAUAUCAUUUUUGGCCAAACGAUCCCUUAAAAACCCCAUGAAAUUAAAGGGAUAGUUCACCCGAAAAUUCAAAUUUUAUCAUAAAUCUUUUGUUCUUU